CGAGCGGAUCGCAGCCCGCAGCACUUCAAAGACAAGAGCGGACGCGUGUCCCCCCGCCCCGCCUUUCCCCGCUGCUUUCCAGGAUGCCAGGGGAGGCGGCCAGCAGCGCUGCUGCGGACCCACCCGGCGCUCCGCGGGAGCGGAGGCGGAGGCGCGGCCGUGCGCGGGCGCGCACCGAAGCCCUUCUCCACACUCUGAAACGCAGCCGGCGGGUGAAAGCCAACGACCGGGAGCGGAACCGCAUGCACCACCUGAACGCGGCGCUGGACGAGCUCCGCAGCGUCCUGCCCACCUUCCCCGACGACACCAAGCUCACCAAGAUCGAGACUCUGCGCUUCGCCUACAACUACAUCUGGGCCCUUUCCGAGACCCUCCGCCUGGCCGAGCAGUGCCUGCCGCCGCCCCCCGCCUUCCGCGGGGCCACCGCUACCGUCCCCCCUCCCAGCCCCGGCAGCGAUGCCGGUUCCUGGUUGUCCACCGCUUCCCCCUCCGCCCCUUCGCUCUGCGCCUCCACCUCCGGCCCCAGCAGCCCCGCUACCUCCGAGGACUGCGCUUACGCGCCCGCCGACACCCUGCUCAACUUCCGCGGGUUGCCCGCGGCCCCAGGCGCGCCUUGCCGCUAGCGCGCAGCCCCGGCUCUCCCCGCUCCCCUUGCGAGGGUCGGGGCUGAAGGGGGGGGUCUCCUCCCGUUGCACUUUUCAGCUCCCCAAACACACACGCAGGCCCCAGCCCCCCUCCCCCGGCCUCCGAAAACCGGGAAGAAAAGCGACAGAUUUGCUGCCGCAGACGAGGUGAAAAGUCAAUUUUACAAUUUGUAGCUCUCCGGCGAAGAAAAACGAGCAUGAAAAUUUGGUUUGAACGCCCUGACAAUGCCAUGAAAAGGCUUAAGGGGAUCAAUGCGGCCCGGGGCACAGCGCUGGGGCUCAGCCCAUCCCUCUUGCCCUGCUCCCGGGGGCAAGCUCAGCCCCCGCUGGGGCAAGGGGUGUGUGUAGGGGUGGGGGUCCCCAGCACCAGCCCCGAUGGGACCCGGAGGACAAGCGGAGAGGCUCAUGCAUUAUAGAUGCUGACCCCCAGCGCGGCGGAGCAGGAGCGGGAGCAGGAGCAGACGCGGGGCAUUCAGCGCCCGGGCCAGAGAGUGCUUUAAUUUAUUCAAGAUGUUCAUUCAUAUGAAAAUUGUAUUUUUGUACAUAAAGAGCUUUAUUCUAUUAUUAUGCCUCUUAUCGAAGUGGGUUCUUUUUUGUUUGUUUGUUUGCUUUUUUAUGAAUCGCCCUUACCCUGUAAAUAAAAUCUCUAACGUUUUUACUGAA